UCGACGGUGGUGGACGACACGGAUUUCCAGCUCCAAUAAAGAUGAUCGCUUUAGACAAUUAAGUAAUGAUGCAGGAAAACCUACUAUAGUUUUACAAAUGAGGCUCAUACGCCUUGAUAUAUACAAUAUAUCAGUCGUUUCCGUUAGCUAUGUCCGUUUUUUUCGAGACUUAGUCGGGCUAGCAGCCGUUAGCUGGCUAGCUAAUGCAUUGUUAUUGUUUUCGCUUCAUUAGGCGGUCACAAAAUACUACUCCCCGAGGUCCCCCAGCCGAGGCAGGGGUCCGGACUGCCUGAGUGAUGUGUUUUUGUCCAUCCCGGGAAGAUGGAUGACAAGUCCAGCAGCAGCAGCCACCACCGGCUCAUGAUCGUCCUGCUCAUGGUGUUGCUCUUUGGCGUCAUUAUGAUCCAGUAUGUGUGCCCGAGCAGGUCUGAGUGCCAGAUGCUACACCAGCUUGGGUCCUGGUUUAAGGACGGCAGCGCAACUGGUUCCCGGAGCAGCGCCAAUGACAUCCAAGACGGGCUGCAAAAGGACCCGUACAUCGCAGAGGACGGCGCCCUGGUCCGCUUUAUCCCUCGCUUCAAUUUCACCAAAACCGAUUUAAGUCGUAUUGUAGACUUCAACAUCAAAGGAGAUGACGUUAUAGUUUUUCUGCACAUUCAGAAAACAGGUGGCACUACGUUUGGUCGACACCUGGUGCGGAAUAUUCAGCUGGAGAGGCCCUGCGAGUGUCACGCAGGUCAGAAGAAAUGCACCUGUUUCCGGCCAGGUAAAAAGGAAACCUGGCUAUUCUCCCGGUUCUCCACCGGCUGGAGCUGCGGGCUUCAUGCGGACUGGACUGAACUCACCAGCUGCGUCCCGUCACGCAUGGACUCAAGAGAGACUCCCGAGAACCUGCCCAGAAGAAACUAUUACUAUAUAACCAUCUUAAGAGACCCAGUAUCACGAUACCUGAGUGAGUGGCGUCACGUGCAGCGUGGUGCCACCUGGAGGGCCUCCUUACACGUGUGUGAUGGACGUUCACCAACUCUGUCAGAGCUGCCAAGCUGUUACUCAGGGGACGACUGGUCAGGUUGCACCCUGCAGGAGUUCAUGGACUGCCCUUACAACCUUGCCAACAACCGGCAGACCCGCAUGCUGGCUGAUCUCAGCCUGGUGGGUUGCUACAACGUCUCCACCAUGAGUGAGGAAGAGCGCUGGGCGGUGCUUGUGGAGAGUGCCAAACGUAACUUACGCGGCAUGGCCUUCUUUGGGCUGACCGAGUACCAGCGUAAGACCCAGUAUCUGUUUGAGCGAACCUUCAACCUGGAGUUCAUUGCACCUUUCACACAGCUCAAUGGCACGCGCGCCUCCAGUGUUGAGGUCCCUUCUGAGACACAAUACAGAAUCCUCCAGCUCAACCGAUGGGAUGUAGAGCUGUACGAGUAUGCCCGCGACCUUUUCCUGCAGCGUUUCCAGGUGGCAAGGCAGCAGGAGCGCAGGCAGGCCAGGGCGAGGCGGCAGCAGGAGAGGAGGCGACUCCGUGGAAGGCUCACGACAAAGCAAGGAAGGCAACUGAAGCCCACAGAAACACCCCGUCAGCCUAUGAGCCACCCUGUCGUAACUGAGGAGAAGCUGAGGGGGAAGGCAGGCGGAGACAGCGUGGAGUCAGAAGUGCUGCUACCAGACUGGUGGGAUCUGGAUGAGAACGGUACCAUGGAGGACUACAUUGACAACGUGGAGCAGUGGUAGUGACGGGAACAAGCAGCAGGGUCUCUUAAUACUGUGUGCCAAGUUCUGCCUUGUCUGUUGUUAAUGAAUCGAAGUUUUUAGUAUAUACCUCCCACUAAUCUGUCUUUUUUUCUCACCAUUGAACAAAUGACACAUUAAUUUAUUGAUACUUACAUGCAUUAUGGAUAGAUUUUCUUGAUAUAAAGAAAGGCUGUUCUAGAAAUCCUUUCAGUAAACACAUCUGAACUCUUGUGAUGUAGCUCAGAAUGAGGGGGGAGUUUAUUUUUUAUUUGUUAAAAAGAACAAUGUAAUACUUGUUUCUAUAAAUAAUAUGCUACUGUUUGUGAUUUACAAUCUGUACGUUUGCCAAAAUGUGGUCUUGUCUGAAAUGUGUACAUUUUAAAAUGUACCUGUGUUUUUAAGUGUCUUUUAAGUAACAGAAAAGGAGAAAGGAAUUUUCAUAGAUACCUCAUUGUGUAGCAUUAACUGCUAAUGUUGUGAAAUUACUGAAUGUGUCCCAAGUCUUGAUUUUUAUAUAAAAAUGCUUUUCCAUAUACUGCA